CCUUCACUCACGUACUAGAGCUUCUCCACCUCAUUAUCUUCCAUGUUUUCUUUUUCUUUCAUAUGCUAGUGUAGACGAAGCACGUUGUAUGUUCAGGAGUGCUCCUUCUAUCCAGUGAAGCUAGUUAGUUAGGUGUUGGAGGGAUUGCAUUGGUUCGUCUCGUGUACUACCAGCAUGCCUCGGGUGGUGAUUGAGCUCUUUUGCCCUAGUAUUAGAAUCCUAGAUGACCUUAAGUUACGUCAGCAUAACCUGCACACCGAGUCCCAGCACGCUGGACAUCUUGACAUCUCGACAACACCAACGUCGUAACAAUCACCUUGCGAUUGGAGCCACCCUGUCUCAUUUGCCCACUCCAGACAUCAUACUCCACUUGCAUAACUGUGCACAGAUCCGCCGCCAAAUCCAUUAUUUGUUCUAUGAUAUGGGUGCCGGCCAGUCCAAGCAGGUCGCUGCGUCGGCUGUUGGGCGGGAAAAAGGGGAGAUUGCACAGUGCAUGUCCAAAUUGAGCGUGGCGGGGAAGAUGCAAGAAGCGUUGGAAACUUAUGUCUGUGUUGAUGAGGAUCCCCCAACCUACUCCUCAUCGAAAAGAAAUACCACUUUGUCUAUAUCAGAGACGAAACAUUGGGAAAAGGAGUUGCUGGCCGAUCCCAAGAACCGGCUCGCCUUAUCCGCUCUAUCAUCGCACUCCCCCACAACCAUUAUAGCUAACCACGCUGCAGAAAUAGCCGAUACUCAGGUCUUCAAUAUCAGGAUCCCGCUUGAAGGCGCUCCAAUCACCAAUCAGCACUCCUCCGGCCGUUGCUGGCUGUUCGCAUCCACCAACGUGUUCCGCGUGGCUUUGAUGAAGCUGUAUAAUGUGAAAAGCUUCGAGCUGAGUCAGGCGUAUCCAUUUUUCUGGGAUAAGAUGGAGAAGGCCAAUUGGUUCUUGGAGAAUGCCAUUGACACGGCUAGUGAGGCGUUGGAUGGCAGGUUGGUGCAGCGUCUAAUGUCAAGCCCCAUGUCGGAUGGCGGUCAGUGGGAUAUGGUCACGAAUUUGGUUGGGAAAUAUGGAUUGGUUCCGAAGGAAUUAUACCCUGAUACCUAUAAUGCCAAGAGUAGUUCGUUCUUGGGCAAACUUGUCACCACAAAACUGCGUGAGGAUGCGCUUGUCCUGCGCAAAAUGGCAACUAGUUUUGAUCCUUCUGUCAGGGCAUCCAUUGGUGAUACGAAGAAAAAGUUUCUGCAGGAAAUUCAUUCAAUCCUGACCAUUUUACUUGGACCGCCGCCAUCCCCCGAGGAGAAAUUUACCUGGGAAUAUUAUGACGCGAAUGGCAAGUUCUGCAAACUAUCCAUGACCCCCUUGGAAUUUGCAUCGAGCCUUUCAAGUCGUGAAGGUCUUAGGGCGUGUAAAGGGACGGACGUGAACGAGCUAUUUAGCCUGGUCAAUGACCCAAGGAACUCCUAUGAGCGACUGUUGACUGUCGAUCGGUUGGGGAAUGUUGUCGGCGGCCAGCCGGUAACCUAUGUCAAUGUUGAUAUGAAUACUAUAAAGGCUGGCGCCAUCGCAAUGCUCAAAGCCGGAAUCCCUGUCUUCUUCGGCAGCGACGUUGGGAAAUACUCCAACUCAGCAUCGGGCAUCAUGGACACUGCACUGUACGACUACUCUCUGGGCUUCAACGUCAACUUAGGCAUGAGUAAGGCCGAGAGGCUACAAACGGGAGAAUCAUCCAUGACGCAUGCCAUGGUCCUGACAGCCGUACACAUUGGAGACGACGGUAAGCCCCUGCGCUGGCGUGUAGAGAAUUCAUGGGGUGACGCCAAGGGUGACAAAGGCUGGUUCGUUAUGACGGAUAAAUGGAUGGACGAGUUUGUGUAUCAGGUUGUCGUUGAUCCGCGGUUUGUGAGUCAGGGAGUGAGAGACGUGUUGAAGCAGGCGCCAUUGACGCUCCCGCUCUGGGAUCCGAUGGGAGCACUGGCUUGAUUUCUAUGAUUUACGAUUUUGGUUACGCUAUGAUACCUCUAAUUU